AUGUUUUACACUCACGAGCGCACCCACCUUGACACUUUCGACUACUGCAUGUUCUACCUUGCAAUUUCUAUAGGAGCUCUCAGUGACAGAGACGGGACAUCUAAACCAUGCGGAGAUGGCGAUGAGCUCUAUUCUACCUGCUACCGACAAGCCUGGUCCAUAAUGCUGGACUCGCUCGCAGCCCCAUGCGAAGCCUCGAUACAGAUUUUACUACUUCACGUCGUAUAUCAACUUUACUUCGGUAGGUGCGGAAUUGCAUGGGUGUUUUGCGGCCUUGCAGUCCGCAUCGCACAGUCUCUAGGGUUGCACCAGAGAAAUCCACCAGAUGUUGGGUUUUCCGAGCGCCGCCGCGCCAUUCGCACCCGCCUGUGGUUCUUGACUUUUGGUCUCGAUGCGAACCUAUCACUGUCUCAAGGGCGCUCACCUGGGACGUCAAGCGAAGUAUUCGAAAAGUUCAUGGUCAUUGACCACCAACCCUUCACCGAGCUCGAGGCCAGUCCCGGGUUCCUCGAUAUCGUUCAGUGGUGGUACUUGUUGCACCAAAUUCAGAAUCAAUUCUGUUUUGUGAUGCAAUCGGACUGCUCAGCUGUUGCUAGGCUUCAGAGAAUUUCUCAGGUGGACCACCGCCUAGCAACAUGGAAAGAGGGUUUACCGGUUGCUUGUCGCCCAGAAGGUGUGGUAUUGUCGCCGAUGGAUACCCACCCACACGUCUUCUUGCUUCACAUAGACUAUUACAACUUUCUUCGUACAAUCCACUUGUCGAUCGUCGUCAUGAGAUCGGCGUUCUGCAACUCAGAAGAACCUGAGCCUUUGAGGUUUCAGGCGAGCGAGGCCAUACGUGUUGAAGCUGCGAGAUCUUUCAUCAAGGCCCUGAACAACAUGGGAGAGACGAAUGUCAAGACGCAUACUCUUCUGUACGUUCAUUCUACGGCUUCUAGCUGCCUAGUGAAGAUCUAA